GAAGGAUUGGUGGGGCAACACUGAAUCGAAAUCUACUCAGCCAUCGCCCUGUUCCUUCUCUUGCUCCGUCUAACGGUAUGACAAUUAGAGUCUCCGUGUAAAUUACAAUUCGAGACACAGCAAAUGCUCUAACCGUCUCUCGCAUCCAACUCGGAAUCGGAAUCGCGUAAUUCAAUCGGCCCUUGGAUUCGUUUCCGAUCGGUUUCCGAUACGGGCGUCCGUACAGGGGAGUCAAGAGUCGAAAGUAACGAACACACACUCACACACACUUCAAAUCGUGUUAUGUUUAAGUCAAAACCCGUCUGGUUUCCGUAUAAAUAUAACAUUUUGGAAAUUUAAAAAUCGGAAGAUUGACUCAUCCGCCAGCCGAUCCGCACGCUAUCGCCCGACAGGAAAGACGACACCAAAAGAAAAGUUGGAAGCAUUUAAGAAAUCAGGCAAAAUGCGAGAGUACAAGAUAGUGGUUCUGGGAAGUGGUGGAGUCGGGAAGUCAGCACUGACUGUCCAAUUUGUCCAAGGCAUUUUUGUAGAAAAGUAUGACCCGACUAUUGAAGACAGCUACAGAAAACAAGUUGAAGUUGAUGGGCAGCAGUGUAUGCUUGAAAUUCUUGAUACUGCUGGAACUGAACAAUUCACUGCUAUGCGUGAUUUAUAUAUGAAAAAUGGUCAAGGAUUUGUUUUAGUUUAUUCAAUAACAGCACAAUCCACAUUUAAUGAUCUACAAGACUUGAGAGAACAAAUUCUUAGAGUAAAGGAUACAGAUGAUGUACCCAUGGUGCUAGUUGGUAACAAAUGUGAUUUGGAAGACGAAAGAGUUGUUGGGAAAGAGCAAGGAGCUAACUUAGCCCGCCAAUUUAAUUGUGCUUUUAUGGAAACAUCAGCAAAGGCAAAAAUUAAUGUAAUUGAUAUAUUCUAUGACCUUGUUCGACAAAUAAACAAGAAGUCCCCUGAAAAGAAACAAAAGCAGAAAAAGAAGUCACCAUGUGUUCUUGUUUAAACCUUUGAUAAAAGAAAAUUAAUAAUUGAAAGCUCUUUACAAUUGUCUUAGCUCGUGUAUAGACUUGAGAGUUUUUUUCCAAUAAAUUUAAAUUAUCACAACAUGUUAUUUAAAAUAUUAGAUAUUUUUUUAUUCAAAGUUUAACUUCUUUAUUAAAGCUUACAAUUAUUUUGGACAUAUAUUCUUAUGAUAAAUUAAUUCAUUAUUACAUUAUUUAAACCAUAUGUUUUCACAGAUUGGUUCAAGUCAUAGUUUUUUGUUGGCAUGUUUUCUUAUAUUUUUCCCUUUUAACUAUUAUAUAAUAAUUAUUCUGACCAAGUUUUAGAACAAUUUUAUUGUUAUUUUAUGGAGUUCACAAAUUGCCAAAUUAGCAAGUCACAUUGAGGGUUGAAUAAAAGAAAUUUAUAUCUAUAUACUAAAAAGGUUAUGUUUGUGAGCUUUAUCUAUUUAUUCUUUUAUAUAUAAACCAUUAACAAAUUGAAAAUUGCUUUUUUCCUGCAGUGGUAAUAAUGGCAAAGUUUGUUUUAACUUCACUUAAAUAAUUUGCAAAUAAGCGAGGUAUUUGACCAAGUAUUAAUUUAAAUUAAUUAGUUAAUUAGAUUAAUUCCAAAAUUCUGUGUUUACAAAGUUAAUGAAAUGUUAAUUGUCAUUAUUGUAUUUUUUUACUUUUCUUUUUUAUAAGCUUGCAAUUUUUAUUAUAUUAUUUUUUAGCUGUUAUUUUCAUGCUCCAAAGUUGAAUUGUACAAAUAAAAAUAAUAUAACAAAGUAACCAUUAUAAAUAAAAAAUACAUUUAAUCAAUGAAUAUUAGCAAAUACAAGAGAAAGGGGAAUAACUAGUAAACCGUUAAAAAUAUGUAAUACUAAAACAAAUGCAGAUAAUUUAAAUCUUUAUCCUUUUGAUUGUUGAGUUAGCUCUGUUAUGGUAAUUCUGUGUAUUUCAUUUGUGUAAAUAAAAAUUAUGUGUUAAAUAAUUGUGUCAGUUUAAUGUUGUAAUAAUGUAAGACCAGAUUUGAUUAACAUCAAUUGAAUUAUUCUUCCAAGACGCUUAUAUUCUUAAAAAUCAAUAUUCUAUAAUUUUUCAAAAACUUUUAUAGUCCUUGAAAUAUGUUAAAUGUGUAUCACUGCCAUUUAGAAACAUAUAUUUUCUUUGUAGAAUAAAAUAUCUCUUCAGAAAUUAUUAGUGUUCUGAACAGAUGAUGUGCAAGAUUUUUUACCUGAUGCAUUUGUUGUUUCUAUAAAGUAAUGAUUUUUUUCCUAACAUUAUAUCUGAAACUGAAGAAAAUAUAUCAACAAAAAGUAUAUAUUAGUUCUCUUUGUGAAAAACUAGACCAAGUAAAAAUAAAACUGUACAAAUAUACAAUAAAUUUAAUAUCCAAAUUAAAUGUUGUUUGUAGUUCAUGGUGGACUCUUGAUACAAAGUACAUUCAAACAAAGGACCAAGGGAUAUUUUGCCUUUAUUUAUGUUUAAUAUUAUAAUUUGAACAAAUACCGAUACAAAACAGGCAGAACAAGGACUUGAAUAAAUUUAAAAAAGUGCACAACUUGAGUUAAUUCAGCACUAGAAUGAAUAAUAAACUUAUAAACAAAUAAUGCGAAUGAAUAUUAAAAGUUGUAUAGUAAUCUAAUAUUACCCUCCAUUGCUCAAGAAACGACUACCCUGUGAUGAAUCAAUGAUAGAUUUUAAA